AUGUUUGUGCAAAAAUUAUUAAAUAAUUUCAAAAAUCAAGUAAAAAAUACAUUUUCAACAACAUCAACAUUUUCAUCAAAUACAUUCUCCAUAUACUUUCGUACAGCUAGAAAUUUGUCAAGUAUUGUAGAACAUGUAGAGAAUAGUAUUUCUACUGAUAAACAAUUGCUUAUUAAAAAUGAAAUAGAGAGUCUUCAAAGUUUUUUAGAAGAAAAAGACCGUGUGCAACUUUCAUCAGAGCAAACAAAAAUAUAUGAUUUAGUAGUUCAUGAAAAUUCAAAUGUGUUCUUUACAGGUGCAGCCGGUACUGGCAAAAGUUUAUUAUUAAGAGUAUUGAUUAAAGCACUUAAACAGAAACAUGAAAAAAUCAGUAAUGAUAAAGAUUCUAUAGUAAGGAAAAUUGAUGGUUCUAUAAGUGCAUCAACACGAUGGAAUAAUGUUAAAGUACUGAUCAUUGAUGAAAAGACAUGUUGUUGA